AUGUCGAGCUUGGCGCGGAGAAGACGCACGGCGGUGCUCGGUUCGAAACGAUGGUGGCAAGGCGGAUGUUGGGCCACCAGAAGCCACCAGGAAGCUUACUUGCGCAAGCUCUACGGCAGGAAGAACAAUCAAGAUGCCAGGAAUAGUGGCGGUCAGAACGAGGAUGUCACAGCGUGUACCACCGGUAUCGAUGCACCUUGGACGACGCCCGGUGUUUAUGAUCUACCAACCAUUACCGACUCCGAGCAUCAUUAUCUAGACGCAUUUCUGAGAAAUCGCGAAGACGGCGAGAACGGCAACAACGACGACGUCGACGAUGUCGUCGCCGUGGUAGUUGGGUGUCCGGCGUUGACGACGUCGCGCGCUAGUCCGACGGAGAAGUGCGUGGAGUUCCUGAAGGGUGCUCAUCACGACAACGGAACUAAUUUCGGUCGCCGUGCCGUGGAGGAUGCGGAAUGCGGCCGCGUAACCGAUUGCGGUUCGAUACAUUCGGGUUACGAUGCGGUCGCCGGUUGUUCCGAAAAGGUGUGCAGAAGCUGCAGGUGCCCGCGGGAGGAGCACCAACGGGCUACGACGGAAGCGAGCGGUCCUUCGGGACUUGGCCUGGGCUCGGGUCCGCCGAUGGCGAUGGCCAUGGCCUUCCCGAGCGGCGCCGAGGGCGCGCCUCACCAGGAGCCCUUCAAAAGCCCGGUGCAAGCUGCGCCAGCCGGCCUAGCGCUGCAGGAGGCUCUGAUGCAGCAUCACCAGAGGCACUCACAAAGCGACGACGACAGUGGUUGUGCGCUCGAGGAAUACACGUGGGUGCCACCCGGACUGAGGCCCGACCAGGUGCAUCUGUACUUCAGUGCUUUGCCGGAGGACAAGAUCCCGUACGCGGGUAGCGCCGGCGAGCGGGAGCGGGUGAAGCAAUUGCUGCAACAGCUACCGCCGCACGACAAUGAGGCGCGUUACUGCAGCGGCCUGACCGAGGAGGAGAAGCGCGAACUGCGGGUAUUUGCGGCUCAGCGAAAACGCGAGGCUCUCGGCCGCGGGCAUGCAAGCCAGCUUGAGCGGCCGCACAGCGCAGGAUGUCGCGAGUGCGGCCGCGCGAUCGCUGCCGGCGAGAUGGCCGUGGCGGCAAGCCGCGCGGGCCCGGCCGCUCUCUGGCACCCCGCCUGUUUCGUGUGCUGCGUGUGCCGUCAGCUGUUAGUGGACCUCAUCUACUUCUGGCGAGACGGCAGACUCUACUGUGGCCGUCACCACGCCGAGACCCUCAAACCUCGUUGCUGCGCUUGCGAUGAGAUCAUCCUCGCUGAUGAGUGCACCGAAGCCGAGGGUAGAGCGUGGCAUAUGCGCCACUUUGCCUGUCUCGAAUGCGACCGGCAGCUCGGUGGUCAACGGUAUGUGAUGCGGGAGGGCCGGCCGUACUGUCUCAGGUGUUUCGACGCUUCCUUCGCGGAGUACUGUGACAGUUGCGGCGAGCCGAUCGGCGUCGACCAAGGCCAAAUGUCACACGAGGGUCAGCACUGGCACGCGACCGAGGCUUGCUUUUGCUGCGCCACUUGCCGCACUUCCCUCCUAGGUCGGCCGUUCUUGCCGCGACGUGGUGCCAUUUACUGCAGCAUAGCGUGCAGUAAGGGGGAACCGCCGACGACACCGAGUGACUCCUCCGCCGGGCCGCCGCCGCCUCCGUUGUCCUUCCUCAGGAAUGGUAGAAGGCAGACGAUGGCCACGAGCGAGGGUUCGUCGAGUCCACCUCCACCGCCGCCACCUCCACUUCCUCCAGGUUCGAGGCAUACCCUUGGAUCUCCUAGGAAUUCGCCUCGAAUGACCAGAAGACAUCAACAAAUUUCCGCUUCUUUGGCAACAACGCCCACUCAGAGUACCCAGAACGCUCUGAGCCCCGAGUUCGGUGCAGAAGGACUUCCUUCUAGCGGUUCCAGACCCAACGGUCUCGACAGGGUACUUUUGGAACGAAAUCUUGAAAGACUGUUACAGGAACGCGGCUCUCAUCCUGACGAAAACUGCAGUGAGCUGGGGAGACUGAUGCAAGCACGGGAUCGGGAGCCUUUGAGAUGCAUCCAGAAUUGCACACCUACCCACGCGUCGAGCAUGCCGGAAUUGCCGCCACCACCUCCACGACCAUCGUCGGGAGCGUCAGUAUCAAUAUCAACAUCAACCGCCGGCGCAGCGUCCGCCAACGUACUGGCGCAAGAACCGGCGACGUCGCCGGCCAAUCUCGGGAUUGGAGCCAGCCAGACGGAUCCGCCGACGCCGACGUCGAGACGCGUACGAUUCCAGGGGGAUCUAGAUGUCAACGACCACAGCACGACGUCGCGCGUUCCUCUCUCGCCGACGAACGAAGAGAAUUUGUCGUCGUCGCCCUCGCCUACGUCACUAUCGAGAACGAAUAUAUCACGAUCAAGGAGUCUGCAGCCCGAGGAGGUCGCUAGUACGUCUUGGGGAACGGUAGGCACGUCUAGGUCCAGAAUGGACGGCGAGGAUGACGACGUCGAGAGCUGUUGCUCUACAUGCAGCUCAUCCAGCAGUUCAGACGAGGCUGCAGCUUACGCGCUACCACCACGACGAGCUUACGGCGGCGUCCGGAUCUCUUAUGUGCCGAACGACGCAGUGGCGUGCGCGCGGAAACGCGCGCCCGCUUCCUCGUCAUCAUCGAAUCAGGCUCAGAGAGACACCGAGAAGUGCGUUAUAUCUUGAUAACUCCUUCAGUACCCUACGAGUUUUCAUCUCGUUCCGUCGUUAUGAUUAUUAGAAGAAUUGAAAACGACGUUGUGAGAAAGAGUUCCUACAAAGUGGACGCAUUUUUCGAUAUCUUUUAAAGCGUAUAGUGCGACGCCUGCAGGAUCGCAGUACGUCUUACACGCACGCCAAGCACAUGGACGUGUACGACAACUUGAAAAUAAUACUCAUUUUAUUUCUGUAAAUAUUGUGAGCUCUCUUCCGGGGCACGCGAUCGUCAGCGCGUCACCACGAUCCAACGGCCGCGGCCGUCCUUCUAUUUUUAAUACCCUAUUAAUGUAUUUGAUAAUAA